AUGGCAACAAUGAUCUUCGUUGACUUUAAGCACUGCUUCAUCUUCAUCCUCUUAUGCAUCUUCUCACUCCUCUGUUACUUUCUCUUCUUCAAGAAACCGAAGGACAUACGAAGCUUCGAUCUGCCUCCGAGCCCUCCAUCUCUGCCGAUCAUUGGCCACUUUCACCUUUUCCUUUCUCUUCAAAUCCACAAAUCUUUAAAGAAACUCUCUUCCAAGUAUGGACCUUUCCUCCAUCUUUGCGUCUUCAAUGUCCCCAUGGUCCUCGUCUCCUCUGCCUCAAUAGCCUAUGAGAUCUUUAAGGCACAAGACGUAAACAUUUCCACUCGUAACCAACCUACCAACGAAGGGUCUCUCUUUUUGGGAUCUUCCAGUUUCGUCAAUGCUCCUUAUGGAGAUUAUUGGAAGUUCAUGAAGAAGCUCACCAUCACCAAGCUCCUCGGACCUCAGGCGCUUGAGAGGUCACGAGCCGUCCGUGUAGAUGAGGUAAAGAGGUUUUACUCAAACCUGCUUGACAAGGCGAUGAAGCAGGAGAGCGUUGAGAUUGUUGAGGAAGCUAUGAAGCUAACGAAUAACAUCAUCUGCAAGAUGAUCAUGGGGAGGACUUGUUCAGAGGAGAACGGUGAAGCGGAUAAAGUAAGGGGUUUGGUGACCGAGUCAGGUCGCUUGGUGAAGAAAUUUUUCUUGGCGGCGAUCUUGCGCAAACCGCUCAGGAAACUCGGGAUCUCACUGUUCAAAAAGGAGUUAACAGGUAUUUCCUACAAGUUUGAUGAGGUGUUGGAGAAGAUUCUUGUGGAUUACGAAGAGAAAGUGGAGGAGCAUCACCAAGGUACCGACAUGAUGGAUGUGUUGUUGGAAGCUUAUGGAGACGAAAACCCAGAGUAUAAGAUCACUAGAAACCACAUCAAGUCCUUUUUUGUGGAUCUUUUAAUUGCAGGCACUGACUCAUCAACACACACUAUACAGUGGAUCAUGGCGGAGAUCAUUAACAAUCCUAACAUUCUUGAGAGAUUGAGGGAAGAGAUCGAUUCAGUUGUAGGAAAAAAAAAGUUGAUUCAAGAAACAGAUCUUUUGAACCUCCCUUACUUGCACGCGAUAGUCAAAGAAGGGCUGAGAUUGCAUCCGCCGAUCCCUUUUGUGAUAAGGGAGUUCCAAAAAGGGUGUAAGGUUAGAAGCUUCUAUAUACCAGAGAAGACAACACUUGUUGUUAAUGGUUAUGCUUUAAUGAGAGAUCCUGAUAUGUGGGAAGACCCUGAGGAGUUUAAGCCAGAGAGGUUUCUUGCUUCCUCAAGAUCAGGACAAGAUAACGAGAUAAGAGAGGACGUCCUUAAAUACAUUCCUUUUGGAAGCGGAAGGAGAGGUUGUCCUGGAUCAAAUCUAGCUUAUGUUUCUGUGGGAAUAGCGAUUGGAGUGAUGGUGCAGUGCUUUGAUUGGAAAAUCGAAGGAGACAAGGUUAACAUGGAAGAAGUUCCUGGAGCAAUUACGUUGACCAUGGCGCAUCGUCUUAAGUGCAUUCCUGUUCCUCGAACUCUAAUACCUUUUACUUAA